CGAGCACUCAAAUUUCCUUUACCUGGUGGACAGAUGCUGCGAAAGCCCUCUUUAACAUGGGCAUAUGUGAGCUCUGAGCAGUGCCUAAUGCUCGAAAUCAAAUCUAGCUGCAUGAGCUGCGACCAGUCAUUGGAUGAGCGAUCGACCAUAUUCACUGAACAAUGGCGAUCCAUUCGUCAAGGUCGACGAGGGAGAGCUAGUCUACACACCAACUCCGCCCUCGAGGCCUCGACUGGUGACACCCAAAGGAUCUUACGCCCUCCACGAGUCCAUCAAGGCAUCCAAGGGCGAGGAGAAGGGUCUGUCGGCGUACGCUAGCUGGGCCAAUCUGCGAAUGAAGGCGCCCAACGUCAAGCCAAGGAUCGUCCCCAAGGCGGCUAGGAGUCGUAACCCCGGUCUGCCGCUGGCUCAAGGCCUCAAGCAGGCACGCAGGCUUGCAAACGCAGCAGGCUACGGUUCCAUGCGAUGCAUUGACAACAGAAAAUGGCCACAACACCGUGAACGGCCCUCAAGCGGCGUUGUGCUCGAUACGGCCCCCGAUGACCGUGGCUGCUCCAUCGCAGAAGUAUUGGCGUCCCGCUCCGCAGAAUCAACGACGCUGGCUGAGCAACAUUUGGGGAAGGAUGAUGGCGCGAAUCCUGAAAGAACGCCCUCCGACAGCGAACGGUGGUCGCGAUGGCGCAUGGCAACAGUGUUCGUGCAACUUUCCACAUCAUCUUAUGAAGAGCACCGCAUUGGUUCAGCAGGUUGCGGGGCGCUACCAUGCAGUGGCCGAUGCGGCAAAGACUUGCGACUAGAGGACUCCCAAUAUGUGGCACAGCAAGGAACAGCACUAUGGGAACACCGCAAGGGCAUGUCUGCAUUGACGGCGAUUCUUGAUUGA